GCCUGGGAAGGAAGGAAGCAUGAGCAAGAUGAACUCCAUCCUGUUAACCACCUGCAUUGUUCUGGUUGCUUUUUGUAGUUUUGGUUCUACCUUGAGAUGUUACCACUGCGAAAACAGCCCUACCCUGUGCAGGUCCAACAGCACUUGCCUAAUGAAUGAAGAUACUUGCUUGCAGCUGAGAUUUGGUACCCUGAGAACUUUCUCCUGCUGGAAGAGAUCCCAGUGCCACAUGACUGACAUUGCCGAGUUCUUCCAGCUGGAUAAUUUUGAGUUCUUCUGCUGCCAACACGACCUGUGCAAUGAGGGGGCCAUUACUGGGGUUAACAAAGCAGCCUUCAGUGUUGCCUCUGUAAUGGCCCUGUUGUGGAUGCUCCUGUAAUAUCCUCAUUUCUAUGCUGUACUUCCAAGCUGAAAUUACACAAGACCAUUAACUCUUUUCUAUGUUGUACUUCUCACAGUUUCAGUUCCUAUCCGUGUGCAGAAACAUUAUCUCUCUGUUCUAAAUUCUGUUUCCUGAGGUUUUAGCUGUUAGAUCAGUCUCCACUCUUGGGAAGGUGUGUGUUGUUACCAGUUACUGAGGUGUUUUGAUCUGCCCCCAUAGUCAUGGGGAAGAGAACUUGUUAAGAAGUAUUGUUAUCACGGGGAGAAUUUGGGCAAACUGCCGUGGGUGAGGUGGGAGAGAAGGAACACUACAGUUUUUCUGCUGGAAACCAUCAUAUUUUUCCUGUCCCAUAAACUGUAAUGAUUGGGUGUCAUUUCUGUGGGGUUUGUUUUGUUUUUCUUUGGAUUUGCCCUCACCACAAGAAGUGUUGACUCAUAAGUGUAACCUUGCUGCAGGCUUCUGAGGAUGGAAGUGUUGGGUUUAAAGUGAUGGAGAUGGCUCUUUGUUUCCAUCACUGUAACUUUUUUUUAUUUUUACAAGCCCGUGAUAUAACCUUGUCAAGUACUGUUAUUUUGGGAGAAAGCAUCUACAUUUCUUAAGCCAAAACCAAAAUAAUGCUGUAAGUGAGGAACACUUUUCCCUUUUUUUUUUCUUUUAAAUAUAUUUCUGUCAGCAUGUAGACAACAUGUUCUGACUUCUUUUUUUAUUUUCCUUGUACAUUAUCCACGCCUAGGAUUUUAACUGAGCAUGUGCUUUGCACCGAGUAUUUAUUGGUAUACUGAAAAUUGAUUAUAAAAUGCUAAAGAGUUGAAAUGGCACAUCUAGUUUACUUUCCCACCUAGCUGGGUUUUGUGGAAAACAGUGACAUGUAAACUUAACCUUUCAAGCUUCCACCUAAGAGUAUUAAUAUCUUGCAGAACUUUA